GCAGCAAUGGCGUCUUAUUCCGUUCCUGGCAGCGGUGUACGCACUGGAGCACUUCACCAGAUCCUUCUGCAUGAACUUUGUGGAAUUUCAAAUUGGACUGUUAAUGAAGGACAAAAGCGACAGACAGGCUGAACUGGGCAGAGAGAUCCAUGCCAUGUCGUGCGCUAGUAAACCUCUGGGGUCAUGGACAGCCCAGCGAGGCAUUCAGGAAUGCCGAGAGGCUUGUGGAGGACAUGGUUACCUCGCCAUGAACCGGCUGGGAGAUCUGCGCGAUGACAACGACCCAAACUGCACAUAUGAGGGUGAUAACAACGUCCUUCUGCAGCAGACCAGCAACUAUCUGCUCAGCUGGCUUCAACACAAACAGCAAGGUAAAGGAAGGAUUGAAUCCCCUCUUGAGACUGUGAACUUUUUAGAGGACAUGAAGAGCAUUCUGCAGAGCAAGUUCACGGUUGGCUCAGUGGAAGAGUGCAUGAACUCAGGCGGUACGCAACAUUAACAUUACAUUCUCCAUAACAGGGACACAUAUAUGCACAUUCUUCACAACUGCACACACCAGCCACAUUACUCAUCUAGCAUUCACUUCACCUCAGUUACCUCUGUUCUCCUGGUGCUCUUCUUUUUCUUCUUUUAGACUCCAGACUCCAUUCAAAUUUUGUUUUGUGGAUAAUUUCAGCCUUGGGGUGAAAUAUUAUAUGAUUUUUAAGUAUGACUGUUGAUUAA